AGAAUGAUGGUUAUUAGCAGUGUUUUAUUGAGCUAUGCAACAUAUGUACAAUAUCUAAAACCCUCCAAUCUCUACUUAAACUAUAAACUUGCGUUUCUUGAAUAGUUCUAGGUAUUUUUUUUUUUUUAUUCUAGCCAUGGAGAAUAUUGACAAGUAUAUUAUAUUUUGGAGAAUUAGAUCUGAUAAUGGUCUUAAGAUUAUUUUUUUUGUAAUAUAUUUGCCUAUUUUUUAGUUAAACAAUCUCAUCAUCAUUAGAACAACAUACUUUUUCAGGUAUUGCUAAUUACUUAUACUACUUACUAUUGAACCUCGUCACAAUCACUUUAAUUGGGUUGAUGUUAAAUGAGCCUUCUCUAACAGAAUACUUUGUAGAAGCACUCAUAUAUGUUUGGGGGAGACACAAUCAAGAAAGAGAAUUAUUAUGUACAAAUUAACUUUAAUAUUAAGUUAUGUUCAUAAUACCAGUCAGAGCAUAAUACAUGGUUUGGUUUUUUAUUAUGAUCAAUAUCGUAACAGGGAGGUCAGUUUAAUCUAAUUUGAUAGGUGCAAUUAUCGGUCACACCUAUUACUACUUUGCUUAUAUAGUUCCUAAAUUACCUUCUUUUAAAGGAAUACAUCUUCUCAGUACACCAAAAUUUUUGUAAUAAUUAAUCUCAAUAUGUUUUAGAGUUGACUUGUUU